UGCACAAAAUAAACUGAGAUAAAGCACAGAUGCUCACAGACACAGUUCAACGCUCUGGAGGCUUGAAGUUGAGAUGCUGAAUGUAGUUCCCAGUGAAGGAGCACUCUCACUGCUUGGGGCUAAUAAACCACACCAUGGAUAACUUAUUGGACUUUGCCUGAAAGGAAUCAUUAGUGUCAUUGGAUAUUUGACCAACCUGGCUACAGGUUUUGUCAGAAUGAAUGGAAGGUCAUGCAGCAUGAAUCUCCACCGGACAUCAGGAACCCCACAGGGGCCUGGGAUGGUCAGUGGCCAACACAUUCCUCCCAUUCGAGCCCACUCGGGGACUCCUGGCCCCUCGUCCUGUGGCAGCACACCAAGCCCUGCCAUUGGAAGCCUUGCUAACAGCCUCCAUCUCAAGAUGCCCUCAGGAGGAGGGAUGGCUCCUCAGAGCAACAUGAAUGAGAGCCCCAUCCAUCUGCCUGCCUUGAGCCCCAGGAGACAAGUGCUCACCAGUGGGAAGCCACGUUUCCAGGUCACCCAGACUGGAGGCAUGUCAGGGCCACACACUUUAAAGCCAAAGCAACAGGAGUUUGGAAGCCCCUUUCCUCCAAAAUCUGGGAAAGGGGCUCUUGGCUUUGGGCCUCAGUGCAAGUCCAUUGGAAAAGGCAGCUGCAACAAUCUAGUGGUCACCAGCAGUCCCAUGAUGGUUCAGCGACUGGGACCCAUUUCACCACCAGCAAGCCAGGUCUCUACAGCAUGCAACCAGAUCAGUCCUAGCUUACAGAGGGCAAUGAAUGCAGCCAACCUGAAUAUACCUCCUUCAGAUACCAGGUCCCUUAUUUCGCGUGAGUCUUUGGCAUCCUCAACUUUGAGUCUGACAGAAAGUCAGUCAGCCUUGAGCGUGAAACAAGAGUGGUCUUACGGCUACAGGGCUCUCCCUUCGCUCUCCUCCAACCACAGCUCUCAGAAUGGGAUUGAUCUAGGGGACCUCCUCAGCCUUCCUCCUGGGACAGCCAUGCCCAGCAACAGUGUCUCUAACUCAUUGCCAUCCUACCUGUUCGGGAUGGAAAAUAGCCACUCUCCUUACCCUAGUCCCCGGCACUCUUCAGCGAGGUCCCACUCGGCCCGCUCCAAGAAGAGAGCACUGUCCUUGUCCCCGUUGUCCGAUGGCAUUGGGAUAGACUUCAAUACCAUCAUCCGCACCUCGCCCACGUCCUUGGUCGCCUACAUCAACGGGUCGAGGUCUUCCCCGGCCAACAUGUCCCCACAGCCAGAGGUCUAUGGGCACUUCCUGGGGGUGCGUGGCAGCUGUAUCCCCCAGCCAUGCUCGGUGCCAAGCAGCCAGAAGGGCGUGCGGGUGGCCAGCGGCGGCCUGGCUCUUCCAGCCUACGACGAGGACAGCGUGCUGGAGUAUGAGCGCAUGCAGCAGCUGGAGCAUGGCGGCCUGCAGCCCGGCGUGGUCAACAACAUGGUGGUGCAGCAUGGCCUGCUGGAUUCUGACGGCCAGCCGGCGGGUCUGCUAAAGACGGAGCGCCUGGAUGACUUCCCGGGCGGCGCCCUGGACUUGCCCCCGGCACCCCCUCUGCCUCCUCUGCCACCUCCGCCCCAAGGCCCCCCACCCCCCUACCACGCCCACCCGCACCUGCAUCACCCAGAGCUCGUCCACCACACCCAACCGCUGGCCCUGCCUCAGGCCACCCUGGAGGAAGAUGGGGAGAUGGAAGACGUUGGGGGCAAGCACUGCUGUCGCUGGAUCGACUGCAGCGCCUUGUACGACCAGCAGGAGGAACUUGUGCGGCACAUCGAGAAGGUUCACAUAGAUCAGCGCAAAGGGGAAGACUUCACUUGUUUCUGGGCCGGUUGUCCUCGAAGGUACAAGCCAUUCAAUGCCCGCUAUAAACUGCUGAUCCACAUGAGAGUCCACUCGGGGGAGAAGCCCAACAAGUGUUCGUUUGAAGGUUGCAAGAAGGCCUUCUCAAGGCUCGAAAAUCUCAAGAUUCAUUUGCGGAGCCACACAGGCGAGAAGCCGUAUUUGUGCCAGCAUCCGGGCUGUCAGAAGGCGUUCAGUAACUCCAGUGACCGCGCCAAGCACCAGAGGACACAUCUGGACACUGUUUCUUCUGAAACAUUCCCAGUCUUUUCUGGACUUUUCUACAGCUUCUUUAUACCUGAACUCUUAAAGAGUAUGUGUUUCCUAAUUUCUGACAGUACCAAAGAUUGUUUUCAGGGCAACAUAACUAAACCUUAUGCUUGUCAAAUUCCAGGAUGCACGAAACGCUACACAGACCCAAGUUCCUUAAGAAAGCAUGUGAAGGCACAUUCUUCCAAAGAUCAGCAAGCAAGGAAAAAGCUGCGGUCCAGUGCAGAGCUCCAUCCUGACCUGCUCACAGAUUGCCUCACCGUGCAACCCCUGCAGCCCGCCACUUCCCCACGAGAUGCUGCCGAUAGGGCUGUGGGAUGCUCCCCAGGGCCCGGGCCUGACCUCUAUCCAGCUUCAGUUUUCUCCAGCAAUCAUUCAGGCCGAAGCGGGACAGCUGCUGGGGCCAUGCCAACCCCACAUCCUGUCAGUCACCCUUCUCCGGGACGUAAUGUACAGGGGAGCUCCCGCAACCCCUCCUCCCAGUUACCUGCACCCACAGCUGCGGACACGGGAGCUGAGAGGUUUGCACCUUCUGCUCCAUCUCCUCACCACAUCAGCCCCCGGAGAGUUCCAGCUCCUCCUUCAAUAAUGCAGAGAACACAGCCUCCCCACACCCAGCAGCCCUCAGCAUCACACCUGAAGUCUUAUCAGACAGAAACAAACUCUUCUUUUCAACCAAAUGGAAUCCAUGUCCAUGGAUUUUAUGGGCAGCUGCAGACAUUCUGCCCCCCACAUUACCCUGACUCUCAGAGAACCAUGCCGCCUAGCAGCUCCUGCAGUGUGGUGCCUUCCUUCGAGGACUGCCUGGUCCCCACGUCUAUGGGCCAGGCUGGCUUUGACGUUUUCCACAGAGCCUUCUCAGCUCACUCGGGCAUUACAGUGUGUGAUCUACCUUCGGGUUCCUCAAGCCUUUUUGGGGAGUCUCUUCGCAGUGGACCUGAAGACACCACGUUCUCGCAGAUCAGCGCUGUGGAUCGCUGUCCUAGCCAGCUCUCCUCUGUCUAUACUGAAGGCUAAAAGCUCCCCUGGCCUCCACUACCACUGGCGUCCAGAAUCUUUUUGUUCCUUGCCACCUUUUCUUCUUAUACUUUCACAGACUGUAAGAAAAAGGAUGUCAAGUGAAUCAGCGGAGCCUGCCAAGCCCCAGGUGUGUCUUUGGAGGGCAGGGCUGAAUGGUCAGAGCUGGGCUUUGUAGGGGUGUUUGCAGCUGCUCCUUUUUCUCCCUGGGUUCGCCGGUGACCAGCAGGACUCUUUUCAAAGGGAACUCAGAGAGUCUCACUCUACCGGAUACCUGUUACUUCCUGGCUGCCAGCCUUCAAAGGACACCAGUGAGGUGAUGUGCACGUGAAGGUGUAAUUUGGGGAUUUGCCAAAACUCCAGCCAAGGAAGGGCGACCCAAAUUGCCAAGAAGCACAGUGAACUGUCCCACCCAAGAGCCAGGCACAGCAAGGGGAACCCACUUCCAAAGCACAGCAUGGGCUCAGCGCUUGGAGGACCCCAGGUGUCCCAGCACCGGCCUGGCAUCUAGCGAGCUGGCUGCCUCUCUCCUCUUAGAUAUUCCCACGCUAACCAGUUGCUUUCAGUGUUCCUCCAAAAGCAAAAUGAGAAGGUUCUGUCAAGCACAGGCCCUUGAAAAGCACUACAACUUGUUUUAUAUUCAUGCAACCUAUCUUAGUUCUUUGGUUUUAAAGACUUGUUAUUUACGUCUACUUUUUAAAGGAAAAAAAUAUUUAGAGGUCUGUUCUUUGGAUGGAAACAAUUUUUAAUCCCCCCAGCUACGUACAUCUUGCCUCUGCUGCGGCUCUGCUUGCUCGCACCCUGCAGCACCUGUGAGCUCCCGGAAUGUUAGUUUUGCAUUAGCAAAGGCUACCUGAGGGGCAUGGGGUAGGCCACCCUCUUCCCAGUGCUGCCACAGAGACCCGCGUGGGUUGACUCUUCAGCGGCCCCACCUCGAAGACAUUUUUCAAAGGAAAAGGUCACUUGACUGGCUCACCCAUGGCCUCCGCUCUGGUGCUCUGCCCAGGGACCUGCUAGAAGCUGUGAGAGCAGGGACACACGGAGGUGUGCUCCUGGGUUCUCAGAAAACCAAACUAGAGAUGCCUGAUGUCUGGCUACUUUGCACAGCCUUGCUCCCUCCGUUAGGAUCUCCCCUCAUCUGUCUGUCUCUUGCUCCUUUGCCUUCCUUCUCUCCCUCUUUCUGCAUCGCUCUCACCCUCUUCUUGACUGUGGUUCAGAUAUGCCCACCACCCGCCAUUGCCUGCUCACCACCUCUGAGCAAGGUCUGGCCAAAGGCAGGUAGAGGGGACAGUUCUGGAAAGGUGGCCAGAGGAGGCAACCUUUUUGUCUGAAACUCUGUUUUGAGGGCCUGGAAUUUACCCAGAGCUCUCGGCCAUUUGAUCUCAAACCUGAAUAGGAUGCCAUUUUCUGUGACGCCUUUACCAAGUUAUUAAAAAGAUCCAGAGUCCUAUGACAUAGGCUCUAAAAAUUGCCAAAAUCCCAAAACACCUGGUAGAUUCUGACAUUCCAGUACUAUCGCCUCUCACGAUUUCUUUUCUGUCUCUUUAAAAAUGUUCUCUGAGGGAAAAUGAAACAAUGCUAUUUGUCAAACUGGGAUAAUUAUAAACUUCAGCAAGACAAUUAAACAGCUUGGUGUCAGACUUGGGAUCCGGUGACAGUUUUUAUCCUGACAGACAUGUCCGACUACCGCAUGGUCGGUAGUGUUCUGCCUGAUUCCGGACUUCAUUCUGACACAAAGUAGAAUCAGCCGAAUAAAGAACAAAGUGCAGGGUCCGUUUUGACAGUGCACUCAGUCAGUCUAGUUUCUCUGGCCAGUGGGCUCUGAUCUGAGGAGAGCC